AAGAAAAUUUUCGGCAUAUACAAAUGACCGGGAAUGUUUAUGAAUGGUUCUUAACAGCAGAACAUUUUGUUUGUUUCUUAAGUGGCAAACUCUCAGAAGGCGAGCGCUUGCGAACAGCUGACGGUCGCACGUGCGUGAUGGGGUUGCCUGGGAUCUCUCUGUAUCUGGUGUUGAAGCAUCGUCUCCUUCUCAAUCGGUCGUUCAUAAUCAAAUUAUUGCCUCACUUUCAUUCAUAACUUAAAAAAAGAUGAAAUGUACACAAUUAAAACACGUGAAGAAACAUGGUGCUUAAUCGCGGACAGGCGGCGCGGAUUGCACAGGCAGCUCGCGCUCCUAUCUAGUUUUUUGCGUGCUCCAAACUCGUGGGCCAGUGUAUGUUUGAAAUUACAGAAAAUAUAUUUUAGGAGGUACUUUGACACCUGAAAUUCAUUACUCUGACAUUUCGGAAGCAGGCCUAAGAUGAAAUAUUGUGGAUGAUGCACGCCUCACUAAAUCUGUAAUUAGAGGGGAAUGGUGUGAUUAUAUUUCGUGUUUUGAUGUACAGAAAAUUAAUUCAAAAUUAUUGGAGAAGGGAAAAGUUUUCCGCUUGUGUUACCAAUGCUACAAAAAAAUGUAUCUACGGUGUUCUAUAAAAUGAAGAAAAUGCGGCAACACAGUUAUGCAGUGCUAUUGAAAACACGGAAAAAUCAAAGAACGCCUGUUAACAUUGUGUUAUUUUUGAAUUUAAAAUCAAGGAUAUAAAUAGAUAGAAUUAAAAAUGGGACAGGAAAUUUCAAUGGAUGAUUAUGAGAGUGACAGCUCGCUUCAGAGUAUUCUUCAAUACCAGGUACAGGGAGAUGUGGAAAAGAUUCAGAUAGAACACCUAGCGGAGAAGUGGAUCCUGCGAGCUUGUGUGGCGGAGAGGCGAGCGGCACCAUACGGACGGCUGCGGUCAGAGUGUGGCGAACCGCUGAUCCAGAAACGAGAAGAGAAACACAUCAUCAACAAUCUAAAGUAUUGUGAUGGAUUCCCCGUGCCCUCUACAACUGAUGACCUGAACACUUUUGAUGAAGAAGUAUUUGAAAGCUGUACUCGCACUGUUGAAGUUCCACUGAAACCCAAAAAUCAACGCGCCUUGUCCAUCCCAAACCUCAGUCAUAUUAAGUCAAAGUUAUCCAGUUUUCAGCUGCCCUCAAAACUCCAUUUCCAAGCUCCUUCAAAGCCUAAAUUUCUGGAUAAACUUUUCACUAAUGUUGGACUGAGUAAGAAACUUCAAGGCCGAACACGCAAUGGUCUAGUGAUUCAAACUGUCACCACAGGUACAGCUGACUCGGAAAACUCCGAAGACGAUCCCACGAUUCCAUUGGAUAGAGAUCUACUGCGAUCAGUGAGUGAGCCACAGACUGAAGUUAGCUCCCCUUGUGAGGAAACCAUUCUUGAGAAAACAACACAGUCAACACCGAACUCGCCAAAGUUGUGCGGGAUUGUGAAAAGGAGACUUUUAGAAUACCAGGAGAUUGGGACACGAACCCGUGAGACCCGAUUACGAUCAUCUUCAACUCCUUCAUCUCCAUCUUUUAAAAGACGAGGGUUUGUUUAUCCAAAUCCUCAAACAUUUUUUAACUCAAAGGGAGAGAACUCUCUCAGUGUGUUAUGUUCAGGGCUGUCAAGAAAUGAACAGUUUCGUCAGACCGUCAUGUCUAAAGGUUACGUGAAGGCAGUGGUUGACCAAAUAGAUCAUCCUCACAGUGCAAACCAAAAUGAGGAGAAGCCAAAUAAUUCAAAAUCUACUGACUUAGAAUGUGCGAAACUAGAGGAGGAUAAAAAUAUUCUAGAAAUUCCAAACGUGAAACCCUCCGAUGUUGUGAGAAAUCAGAAUUCUACCAGACAGUCUAAAAAGGAUACGGAAAAAUCUGUGAAAAGUCCACCCCCUGUUCAUAAGAAACCUCCAAAGCCCUCACUUUCUGAUCAUUCCAACUGCUCUUCUGGAACAAAUAGUCCUGUCCUGUCACCAGCCACAAAAAAACAUGUGUUCAAUAGCAAUCGCUGUUCAGGUUCCUCACAUAAAAGCAACUCCUCAGACAAUGAACCUGUGACCUCUUCUCCUCGAACUUCACGUAAAAACAAAGAAAUUGUCCCCGAAGAAGUUGGGGAUACCUACGAAAAUGUGAACAUCACCGAGAGUAAAAGUGACAUAAGCAAUAGUGUGAAAUCUCUGAGUUCUGGUUGUUAUAGCAAUGGAGUAUCGUCUGUCGAACAGGAAACUGGUAGGGAGGAAGGAGAAACGGCAGAUGACGGACCCAAAAUCGGCCUUGACCCAGCUAAAUUGUUCGAUUCCAGUUGGUCGGAUUCAGAUGUGGGCAGCUUCAGUGAUUUUGAUAGUGACCUUGAAGAAGAACAUCCGGUGAAGGUCAAAGAGGAGGACCCAAGCUGUGUGGGGCAGUGUAAAAUUCAGAAGAUUGCAACGGAACUGUUGCAGACCGAGACGGCAUAUACCGCAAGACUGCAGCUGCUGGACGAGAUUUUCCAGAGGAAGUUACGCGAGGAGAAUGAGGUCCAGAAGUUUCUUCCCCCAGACAUCAUCCCCCAGAUCUUCUCUAACAUCACCAGUAUCCACCACUUCCACAAGGACUUCCUCCUACCGCAGCUACAAAAACGCAUGGAAGACUGGGAUGCACAGCCCAGAAUAGGAGACCUGAUGAAGACCAAUGCCCCAUUCCUGAAGCUCUACACAGAGUACGUCCGAAAUUUUGACCAUGCCAUGAACCUCAUCAACACAUGGAUGGAAAAAUCGCCAAAGUUUUCCAGUCUUAUCAAAGACAUACAGACUUAUCCAGAGUGUGGCAAGCUGACACUACAACAUCACAUGUUAGAACCCAUUCAGAGAAUUCCGAGAUAUCAGCUGCUGCUUAAAGAUUACACCAAACACCUACCAGAAGAUUCUCCCGAUUCCCAGGAUGCCAAAACUGCUUUGGAGAAAGUUGAGAUAGCAGCUAAACAUUCUGAGGAAGCCAUGAGAAAAAUUGAGAAAUUUCACAAAUUGUUGGAGAUCAAGGAGAAGGUGGCCACCACUAUUGACCUGAUCAGCCCGACCAGAGAGUUAGUGAGGGAGGGGAAAAUCAAGAAGAUCUCGGCUCGGGGUGGGGAGCGUCUGGACAGAUAUCUGUUCCUGUUCAAUGACCUGCUUCUGAUCUGUGGGGAAUUGCUGCUGGGAAGUCACAAGUUAAAAGCGGAGUUAAAAAUUGAUGAAACAGAGAUUGAGGACAAUAUUACUCAUGCUGAUUGGAUUCUAGAAGGGGAAAAUAUAGACAUUCCAAACACAUUUUAUGUGAAAAGCAGACAUAAAAUCAUCCAAUUCUUAGACGAAAAUCCUGGAGAAGAAAAUAGCUGGUGUGAAAGCAUUAAGAACGUAAUUAAGGAGUUCAGGAUUAGAAAACCAUCGAUGAGAAGGGCUGAUUUACCCCCCUGUAAUGGCGGAGAGGUACCUGAGAGUGAUAUAGGAAAUGUGGCCCCCCACUGGAUUAAGGACGAUGAAGUCUCUAUGUGUCAGCUCUGUAGUAAAUCCUUCACUGCGCUGAAACGUAGACAUCACUGUCGUGCCUGUGGGAGGGUUGUGUGCGGGAAGUGCUCAUCAAAGAAGAGUAACUUGGCCUACGACAACAAUAGGCCAAACCGAGUCUGUGAUAAAUGUUUCUCCAUCCUGAAAAACGUCGACGGGAAGGAGAUCAAUGAGAAAACUCCGAAGGGGGUCUUAAAGAUGAAUGCCAAUGACCCUGCUAUAUUGUCUGGGUAUCUCCAUAAGAGCGUGGAUCGGGGGAAGACCUGGACCAGGAGGUGGUUCGUUGUCACCAAGGAGUUCGCAAUGUAUGAGUUCAAGGCACACCAGGAUAUAUAUGCCAUCUCCACCCUCCCUCUACCAGGCUAUCAAGUGAUAUUUCCUGUAGACAACAUGGAGAAUGUGUUUAUUCUGUGUCACCAGCAGAAAAUCCCACCAACCUACCUACAGUCAGAGUGUGCUAACAGCCUAGACAGAUGGGUAAAUGUGCUGAAGAAAAUGGUGAACUUGGAAUUGCCAGAAGAACUGAACCGGAACUCCACCCACUCCACGGAAAGUUCCGGAAGUCUUACAGCAGAUGACACUGGAGAAAAAACCAAAUCAUAGUGGACGAGCAAGUCGUAACAGACAACUGAAAACUGUCAGUGACAACAAAAUAGUCACUAUACUGUGUGGACGAGGCAGACAUUGAUGUUCAAGGAAGUCAAUGACCUGUAAAAAUAAAAAAAAAUCUAUUGACCUGUAAAAAGUGACGAAAUUCAUUGAACAGUAGCAAGUAAAGAAAUUUACGGAGUUCUAAAAUGUGAGAAAAAUAUGCAAUCGUCUCAUAGAGUACAUUAUUAUGAAUGCAUGUAUGACUUGGGAGGAUUUAAAUAGGAGUUGCCAUUUCUCACCUAAUGUUGAUAUGACUCUAUAGACACCAUUAUCACUGACAGGUUCUAUACAGGUUUUUUCUUGGUUUUCGUUAUAUAAUAACUUGAUAAUUUUUUCACAAAAUCUGUUAUCAUUGAAAUGCGGCAAUAAUAAUGGUAAUAAUAAUGUAAAAUUAUUUUAAAAGAUUGAAAAACAUAUUUAUGAGAACUUUUUCCCACUGUGUAUAUUUUCGUUAAAAAUUUUUGUUGUAUAUUUGAGUGAGAGGAUAGCUUGCAUACUAGUAUUAAACGGCGACAUUUGAAAAUCGUAAUAAUUGAAUAUAACUCGCAAUGCAGCUAGAAAUACUGGCGUGAACAGUGACCAAGAGUUUCACACUGUUACACGCCUAAGUUCAGUCGACAUAUUAAACCUGAUACAAUCAGUUUCGUUUUCUACUGUUCUAAAUUACGAGGCUUUAAUUUUUUUGUAUCAUGGCUGAUUUAUGGUGCAUCAACAUUUCACGUUUAUGUUGCCUUGUUGUGUACCUGUGUUAUGUACAUGUGUAUUUUGCGAUGUGAUUUAGUAAUUUAAUGAUUUUUUUUUUAUUUAACGCUUGAAGUUUUAGAUGAGAGUAUGUCAGACCUGAUUACUGUUAAACUUUCAUCAUCAUCGUGCAGCAAUAAACGUUUCAGUAAACCAUCA